CACGCAGAAUCACUUGCAGAGAAGAAGAUGUCUAGCUAUUCGCUUAUCAAUCUCCUGCAAAUAAUGACGGAGCAGUUCAAUAAUGAAACCCUUUCAAUAGUACUUCUUGCCAUUUUCUUCGUUCUCCUAUACAGGUGGUCUUCCACUUCCACUUCUUCUACAAAAAACUCACCACCUUCUCCACCAAAACUCCCCAUCAUCGGAAACCUUCACCAACUAGUCUCACCACGGUGUCCGCCACAUCGCUUACUUGGAGCCUUGUCUCAGGUCCAUGGCCCUCUCAUGCUCCUCCACUUCGGAAGCGUCCCCGUCCUCAUCAUCUCAUCGGCCGAGGGUGCUCAGGCGAUCAUGAAAACACAUGACCUCAAUUUCUGCACCAGGCCCAAGUCCACCGUCUUCGCAAAGCUUCUCUACAACUCAAACGAUGUGGCAACCGCGCCUUGCGGCGAGUAUUGGAGGCAGACUAAGAGCAUAUGCGUGUUGAAUCUGUUGAGCACCAAAAGGGUUCGGUCUUACCGUGGCGUUAGGGAAGAGGAAACCAAAGCCAUGAUCAAGCAGAUAAGGGACUCAAAAGGAGUUGUGAAUUUAAGGGAGAUGCUUAUGACGCUUACAAACGAUGUCGUCUCGAGAGUGGCUCUAGGGAAGAGUUACUACAGUAAUGGGGGUUUUAAAGAGCUUUCGGUGGAUCAUACGGAGUUGCUGGGAAGUCUUUAUAUUGGGGACUAUAUUCCAUGGCUUGGUUGGUUGAGCCGUGUCACUGGUUUGGACGCGAAACUAGACAAAGUGGCUAAACGGUUUGAUGACUUCUUGGAUGUAGUAAUUCAAGAGCAUAUGGAUAAUUCUGAUCAGAAGGAGGAGGACCAAAAGGAUUUUGUAGACGUUUUACUUGAGAUUCAGCAGGAAAAGUCCCUUGGUUUUCGUAUUGACAGAACUGGCAUAAAGGGUGUCAUCUUGGAUAUGUUCCUUGCUGGGACGGAUACGGUAGCAACGGUCUUAGAGUGGGCAAUGGCUGAGAUUUUAAAGCACCCAAGUGUCAUGACCAAAUUGCAGAAUGAAGUAAGGGGAGUAAACAAAGCUGAAGAAGACAUACUAACAGAGGAUGAUUUGAUCGAUAUGCAUUACUUGAAGGCAGUGAUUAAGGAGACUCUUCGCUUGCAUCCUCCGCUUACGCUACUAAUGCCUAGAAUCUCGAUGCAAGAUGUGAAAAUAAACGGUUACAACAUUAAAGCCAACACACAAGUCCUAGUGAAUGUCUGGCAGAUUGGGAGAGAUCCUGAAUCAUUCAAUUACAAACCAGUGGAGUUUGAGCCAGAAAGGUUCUUGAAUGCGAACAGUGGUAUAAGUUAUAAAGGGACUGACUUUGAAUUGAUUCCGUUUGGAGCUGGCAGGAGGUUGUGUCCCGGGAUUCAGUUUGCUUCGGCAGUUGAUGAGAUUGCUCUAGCAAAUUUAAUGCACAAGUUUGAUUGGACAUUACCUGGUGGAGUAACAAUUGAGGAUAUAGACAUGACUGAAACAGCUGGUAUAACAGCUCACAAAAGAGACCCUCUUAAGGCCGUUGCUAUUCCAUAUUCAUCAGCUUAAGAUAUGAUUAAACAAAUCUAUAUUAAGACAUCAGUUGUGCGUAUCUAAUCGUAUUAAUUCUGCUAUAUUAAUUGGAAUUGGAUUAUUGAAGUGUAUUUGGUGAUGUAUUAGAUUACGAAGUUCCUGUAUGCUGUCCACCCUAAAGUGGUGGCUUACAUAUUAACUAGAUUGUCAUCUUUUCUGUUUGGUUUGUUAAUGAACAAUCUCGUGCGUGAGACUAGUUUGGUCGUAUUUAA